CUAAGCUACUGGCUGCACGAGCUCAAGGAUUGGUUCCGUGAGGCCAGAGGCUCACCGCGAGAGUACCGGCCAAUGUUGGCUUGGUCUUGGCUGGAUAUUAUGGGCAGCCCACUCAUGCAAGAUAACGGGAGUUGCACAAUCGCGGCGUGCUUGAUGUGUCUAGAUGCCCAGCACCGGCUCGCCUUCGAGCGGCAGCAUGGGGUGGACACGUUUGCUUACCACAUCCCUGCUGAGACCGCCGAGGACUUGCUGGGCUUGUGCAAAGGUUGCGGCGUCUGGACGGAGGACGAUGGAGCAGACGAAGGCAAUGUGCUGGAGGUGCUGAGAAUCACCGGAGGAGCAAAGGCUGCGUCCUACCGGCCGGGCUGGGAGCCCCACUGUACGCUUCAAGUCAAGAGCUGGGAGAAGAUGUUCAACUUUGCCGGGAUGUUGCCAGCAUUCAGCAUUGCGUACACGAUGCACACCAAGGGGCCGCUACUUGGCUCGUUCAUCGCAGGACAGGAUUACUACGCGGACGGCUGGGAAUCGAGGGUCUACCGCGGAGGAUCGGGCGAGGAGGCGGAGCCGCACGUGGUGGUUUGUUUUGGCUACGUUUUCGACAAUGGCGAAAUGCACGUGACGGUGAUCGACAACCAUCGGCUCUACGGGCCGCUCAGAUGGAUCCUGUACGAUGCCUUCACCACCUUCACCCGAAUUGAGGUCGAGCCCCUGGACGCGGGCAGUCUAAGGAAGGAGCACAAGACCAGUUGGUGGCGCGGGCUUCUGGGCAAGCUACGGAGGACCAAGCAGCAGCCAGCCUGGAGGCUCUGGCGCUAUCUCCUCAGCGAGAUAUGGAAGAUGACGGAGCGUGAUUUCCUUUCAGCCAAGCCAUCUACCUAGUCU